UUUAUGACCAAUCAUCGAAAGUUGUUUUACUUUUCGGUUCUUGUUAGUCGUCUGCUCACGUAAAUAAAGUAUGUUUCGACCUAGAGCGAGUUUUGUUCGUUAGCUGAAGUAUUUUUGAGACAGCAUGGAUAUCUUCAUUACGCAUUAAAUGGAUCUAGGCUAGAGGAUGGAAGUGAAGGCCGACACCAAAGUUGUGUCAUCUGUGUUAGGCUCAAAGGCAUCAGUAUUAGCCCCUGUAACCCAGGAUACAAAGCUCAUCAAGUCAAGCUAUAUGAACUUGCUGAACAGUAUUGCCAAUGACCUUGACUUUUUACUGAAUGACCUUUGUAAAACAUUCCCACAAUCACAGAAUGGGCCAGGUGAAAAGUCUAACCCAAGUGAGGGGGCGCUACUGGACCAGUAUUUUGGGGAAGAUGAUGAUGCGGAUGAUGAGUCUGAACCUGAAACGCCCACUCAGAGUCUUUCGGGGGUCGGUGGAUCUGAUAUCCUUACCCCAAACCCAAGGAUCAAUGUGCCUGAGGGGGGUAUCACUAACAUUGAAAGGCUAGUCCGUACCCACCCUAUUUGGUACCUGCCCAUGUGCAGUAGAGCUGGAGCUGUUAAUCUGCUGCAAAAUAAACCAGUAGGGACGUUUCUUGUUCGACAGUCCAGUAAGCUAGACACGAUGGCACUGUCACUACGGCAACCACCGGAAACUGGUCAGAUUGUGGAGCAUUACCUCAUAGAGCACACACCAGAGGGCCUCAGAAUAGAGGGAUCUUUCCACCUAUUCCAAGCAAUACCUUUGCUCAUUGAUCACUAUUGCCAGAAUUUGGAUGAGCUCCCCUGCAAGCUUGUACUGCCCCCAAGUAUAGCAAAUGCUUGCGGAUACAGUGAACUGUCAUCUCUGGCUCUUUUGGGGCAAGAAUUUUGGAAUUCCCCUCUAAGUCCUGGAAAUCCUGUCGCUGAAAAACAUCAUAGCAAACAGCAAACAGUGCCAUCUAUCAACAUCCAAAGCAAACAAAAUACUCAAAAUGUGUCAAGUCCAAUAUUGACUACCUUCUCGUUGGCAGAGAAUGAUACGAAUAAAUUACAAAGUGCAAUUUCAAGUAACAUACAACAAAGAAGUACAGGUGAAACUUUUAAUGAAGGCAAUAAUCUGAAAUCUCUCAUUGGUAAUGUGGAUAGUAAAUCUAAUGUAGCCAGCACAUCACUAGAAGCUAAUACAACAUUUGUGAGUACAACAUCUAUUGCCUCUGCAACUAUUGACUUAAUGCAGCAACUUACUGAAAUGACUACUGCAACCACUGAUUUAAUGCAACAAGCAUCGCCACUCCCUUCAGAUAAAUCAGGUCAACCACAGAGUACAUACUUUAGCAGCAACCUGUCUGACAAGCUAACUGAUUAUGAAGAUAUAUGGCGGCAGAAUACGCCUCUUACCACACAACCAGUUACCACGACAAUACAACACAUAGCAACAGUAACCAUAGACAGCAAGCCCGCCAGAUUCUCUGGAUUUUCAAAUCCGAAUUUUGAGCCAACAAGAAAACCACCCAUUUUCCCUCAAAGGCCGCAAAGUAUGCAGCCGCCAAAUGUUUUCACAUUUAACUUUGGUGAUCAAGUCCAGGGAACCAAUAACCCUCAAAUGACACGAGUCAAACAGGAUUUAUUAGUUAGUGUGCAACCCAGGGCAAGAAAAAAUUCAAGCCCUGCAUAUGCUGAGCCCUAUGACUCCCUAAUUGGGAAAAUUGAAGGUGUUCAUAAUUCACCAAGUCAAGCUGUCCGUGUGAGUGGUGUUCCAGGGAUUAAGAAGAGUCCAUCUGAUUCAUCAUUUAAGCCUACUGGCAACCAACUGCCCCCAUCCCAAGGUCCUUCUCGUAGAGUUUCUGCCCCAGUCAGGCCUCAGAAGCCUACUGCUUUGCACCAAGGUAGGCACACCAUGCAGCCAGGAAUGUGGGGAAACCAAUGGCAACCUUCCCAAGGCUAUCAAAGACAACCAGCUAACCAACGGGUGUCGAUACAAGAAAACCAAAUGCAGCAAUUACAGGGUAACUAUCAGCAAAACACCCAACACCCUCAACCAUCUUGGCAACCAAAUACAAACAGACAGUCCACGGGUUUGAUAACCCAGGUACCAGUAUCGCGUACAUAUAGCCUAAACCAACCUCCUGUGGUCUCUCAGGCUCCAUCUGAUGCAUCCAAAUAUAACACCUUCCCACAGAAAGCUAAACAUCAGAUUCCCACUGCCAUAGAUGAACUUAUUGACCUCACCCCUGGGGGUACAGGGCGAGCCUAUCAGGAUACCUUGGGCACUCACACUCUGGGGAAGUUCCCCACCCAGCCUCAGAGAGACUCCUUAGCAGAAACACAAAUUCCUGUAAAGGCCCUUGAAAUUCAUAAACCAACCAAAGCAUUAUUACUAGAAAAUCAAGAUCGCUUUUCUGCCUAUGAUAACGUAUCUGGAUUAGUUCGAAGUAAUACAAUGUGCACUACUGGAAGUAUUAAAACUGUAUUUGAGCAACCCUGGGAUAGCUCAUUAUGGGAUGCCUUAUUAACAAUGGAUAGAACUACACACUCUGAACAACCUAGUAGUGACCAUCAUAGUGAUAUCUAUGUGUCAGCUAGUGAACAAAAUUGGCCAAAUUCAAUGCCAAUGGACGACAUUGGGAUCCAUGAUGCAGAAACUCCACGAAUCAGCUCAAUGUGUCCAUCUAUUGACUCCAGGUGCAAUGAAACUUUCGAUAGCAUGAGUGUAAACUCUGAACAUAUUUUCGAUUUAGAACUUAGUAAGGAAGUAACAAUGUCUGAACAAACUCAACAGAAGCCAUCAGUUUCUGAUACUCCAAAGGAAAGUAGCCAGGGAGUGGAGCUGAACAGUCGCCUCUCAAUAGCAUCAGAUCAAUCAAUUGAUAACAAAACACCUGUUAAGCAAAUCAAAGACUUAAACAGUAGUAGCACAUCUAUCUCAACUGAGUAUGAAAACAACAUGCUCAAUGAGAAGAAGAAGAACAGGCUAAGUGUAAUAAGUGGCAACUUUAAGGAUAUGAUCCUCCCAUUGUUAUCCACACCCAGGUUGAUCAGUCUAAAAACAAGAAAUCGGGAACCAGGCGUGAGAAUCAGAGACUAUAUAUCAAAACUUGCAGUAGACAAAAAGACUACUUUUGGUAGUACAGUGGAGAACUUCAUUCAGUGUACAAGAGACAGCACGGAGACUAACCCUAGUGUCGUGGUGAGGAACAUACGCCAGUUUAUGAAUGGGAUUAAGAACUACUUGGUGAAACAUGGGGAAGGUCAGCUAGAGGAGGUCAUUGAGAGGGAAAGAACAAAGUUGAAAUCUGAUGAGUUUCUGAACAUUGAUGUUCUCUUAGAGGGUGCCCUACAUCGCUGUGUAGUUAAGCCACUUAAAGAUCACAUUUACAGACUUUACAACAGUGAUUACAACAAGAAUGGUAAUUUGUCCCUGAUGUCAGCCAAUAUUAACUUUGCUAAAAGUAAGACUGCUGAGGAGAUAGGUGUUAAGGCAGGUCUCAACCCACCCCCUCCCAGCACAAUGGACGUGAUAAAACAUUUCUUCAGUAAAAUGCAACGAGCCUAUUCUCCAGUGAAGAAAUUGGAAAAUCUUCUUGGUGCAACAUCUGCAAUAUACAACAAUGUGCAAGAAAAUAACAGUGGAAGACAGGCAUCAUCAAUGGGAGCAGAUGAUUUCCUGCCUAUGUUCAUCUAUGUGCUAGUCCAGUGUGGUAUGGUAAUGGCUGAGGUGGAGGCUGACUACAUGUGGGGUCUCCUGCACCCAUCUGUCCUGAAUGGGGAGGGGGGCUACUACCUAACUACCCUUAGUAGUGCAGUUCAUGUCCUGAAGAACUUCCAUGAAACUGCAAGCAGCCAACCUGCUUCUCUAGAGUUGAGCAAAGCCAGGAGCAACACACUUACAGAGCAGCAGGGGUUCAUCCGUGUUGCCAUGCCUGAUGAGUUCAAUGACAGCAUCAAGACUAAGACUCUCCCUGUAAGACCAAACAUGACAACCAAAGAAGUCUGCAACAUGAUAGCUCACAAGUUCAAAAUCAUCAAUGCCAAUGACUAUGCCCUCUAUUCACUCAUCAAUAAUACAGAAACCAAACUCCUGGAUAACCAGUGGCCAAACACUAUUAAGAUUGAUGCAAUGGUGGAAAAUAAUGACUGUGUAUUUGUCUACAAAAGAGAUGCGAAAUUUGCCUGGCCUACUAUGUUUACAACAUAAAAUAACCAGACAGUUAUUAUGCUAAGAAGCCACAACAGCCAUCUAAUAAAGAUGACAACAGAAUAAAUUAUGUGUACUCCGAAAAGUCUGUUAACUUGGAGAUCAUAAUGAAAUGCUCAAUAGUAGUAGCCUGGAUAUAUAUGACUUUAGGUCAAUACUAAUGUUGUUAGGGCUACUACAUGUAUCUGGUCCUUGAACAUUGAUGUGCCAAAAUUAGGAAGAGGCUCAAUAUUUCAGCUCUGAUGAAUCAACACAUAAUACUGAAUGAUCUUAGAAAUUGCUCAUUACACAUUAUUGUUAAGUAGGUAGACAUAGUUUUUAGGACACGUUUUGCUCACACUAUUUCACACUAUUGGCACACUGUAACACCUGUUACCAUGGCAACUUGAGAAGUAUUUGUCUAAUUGACUUAGUUAAGACAUACUAUGUAUGUUUUAAAGCGUUUCUAUUUACUUUGCCAUUAUGGCAAUGAAAUCACAAAUUGAUUGUGUAAUAUUAUGCAAGUAGGGGGUGUGAAAUCUGUUAUUGAAGAGUAGAGCCAAAAUAUCAUGGCAGGCAUGUGUUAUAAUGAGCUUGUACAAAGUGAAACAAACAAGAAACAGUCACAUAUUCAAACUGCAAAAAAGCAGAUAAUGAAGUAUAUCAGGUUUAAAGAGGGUAACAUGCAACAUAUGUACCACUAUGACAGGUGCUAUCUGUUGAUGAUUCAUUUUUGGAGUUUUUGCUCUUUUGUCAUUUUUUGAAAUGAACCAUUUCUUGAGCUCAACAUAAUUUGAUUGCAACAUAUGUAACCACUCUGACAGGUGCUAUCUGUUGACUGCCACAAAGUUCAUUGUUAGAGAUUUUGCAAUUUCAUA